AUGGACCUCGUGUCGAGGGCCAUGGGCGCCGACGGCGACGACGACUCGUUUGGGCCGCAGCUGGGGUCGCACUUUGACUUCACGCUGCUGUUCGAGCACGCGGUGCUGACGAUCCUGCCGACGAGCCUGUGCAUCGUCGCGUCGCCGUUUUACAUUGUGCGCUACGCCAAAUCGCCCGUCUGCGUGGCGAGCAGUCUGCUGCUAUGGGCCAAGCUUGCAGUGCUGGCCGUGCUCCUGGGCGUCGAAAUCGCCAGCCUCGGGCUCUGGAGCCGCCUCCCGGCCGUCCGCUCCGACGCCUCGCUCGCGGCGCUGUCGCUCGUGUGCGUGGGCACGCUGUGCAUCGUGGCGGCCGUCAGCCUCGAGCACCGGCACUCGUUCCGCUCGUCGGCCCUCAUCAGCCUGUACCUCAGCCUGACGGCGCUGCUCGACGCCGUCAAGGCCCGGUCCCUCUUCCUCCGGCCGCGCCUCCACGCCGUCGGGGGCCUGGCCGCCGCCGCCGCCUCCGCCAAGCUGGCCCUGGUGCUGCUGCAGGAGGUCUCCAAGCGGACGCACAUCAAGGACCCGGCCCUGCGCCGCUCGCUGAGCAAGGAGGCCACGAGCGGCUUCUGGAACCGCUCGCUGUUCCUGUGGCUCAACUCGACCUUUCUGCUGGGCUUCCGGACCGUCCUGCGCAUCGACGACCUGGGCUCCCUGGGCGACGACUUCUCCGCCGACCACCUCUCCGCCCGCUUCGAGCCCGUCUGGGCGAAAUAUAAGCAUUCGUCGUACGCCUUGGCCAAGUCGGCCCUCGUGACGCUGCUCCGCCCGUUUCUCGCCGUCAUCGUCCCGCGGCUUCUCUACACGGCCUUUACCUUUAGCCAGCCGCUGCUGCUGCGGCGCAUCGUCGGCUUCCUCGGCGAGGACGACCCGUCCACCAAUGUCCGGAACGGCCUCAUUGGCGCCACGGUGCUCAUAUACUUUGGACUGGCGGUUACGAGCGCCAGCUAUAAUCACCUCAACAACCGGCUGGUGACGCUCCUCCGGGGCGUCCUCGUGUCCGAGAUAUUCAAGAAGACGCUCGCCAUCGACCAGUGCAGUGCGCGGGAACUCGCCGCCGCGACGCUGAUGAGCACCGACGUCGAGGGGAUAUCGCUCGGCCUUCGCAAAUUCCACGACAUCUUGGCGAGCAUAGUCGAGGUCGGCCUGGGCAUCUACCUCAUCACGACAAUCGUCGGCAAGGCGUCCUUUCUCAUCGUGUUUCCGGGAAUCGCUUCGACAAUCGCCACGUACGAGAUUGGCAGGCGCAUGGCUCCCGCGCGCAUCGCCUGGAAUAAACAAGUCCAGAACCGCGUCUCCGUCACCUCGAGCGUGCUGCAGCAAAUCAAAAACAUCAAAAUGAUCGGCCUGCGACCCGUCGUGGCCGACCUCGUCCAAGGCCUCCGAGAGACGGAGAUGCAAUGCUCUAAACGAUUCCGCGUUCUGGAAGUCAUCAUGAGCGCCUCAGUCAUGCUAUGCUACCAGAUCACGCCAACCAUCGUCAUGACUGCGGCGAUCCUCUGGACAACCUUCUCCAGCGGCCUCAGGGCCUCGGAGACCUUUACAGCGCUCGCCAUUGUCGUCAUCACGUCGCUGUCCAUGGCGCGCGCCAUGCUGUGCUACCCCAUCUUCGUCUCGACGCUGGGCUGCUUCCAGCGCAUCCAGACGUACCUCCUGCUCGAGGAGCGACAAGACCGCCGCCGCAGCAUCAACGACCUCGUCCUCUCCAACGGCUACCCGUCCGAGAAGCACGCCUCGUACCAUUCCGUCUCACCCGUCGACAAGCCCCCGCUGGAGCUGCGGGCGCCGCAGACAUCCACGUCCGUCAUGUUUGUCAACGCGUCCGUGGCGGCCGCGGCAGGCAGGGAGCCUCUUCUCAAGGGCGUCGACGUGUCCGUCUCGCGCGGCAAGCUUGCCGUGGUCCUGGGGCACACUGGCUGCGGCAAAUCCACGUUUCUGAGGGCCAUCAUUGGCGAGGCUCACCUCACCGACGGCCACGUCUACGUCGAGAGGCACCAAGUCGCCUACUGCGACCAGACGCCGUGGUUGAAAAACGUGCCCGUCCGGGCAAACAUUACCGGCGACCACGCGUACGAUAAGGACUGGUACAAGACGGUGGUCGACGCGUGUCUGCUCGCCGACGACAUGCAGCAAUUCCCCAGCGGCGACCAGACGCCCUCGGGAGACAAUGGCUCCAACUUGAGCGGUGGGCAGAAGCAGAGGAUUGCUCUUGCGCGGGCCGUCUACUCGCAGGCUUCUCUGCUCGUGCUGGACAACGUGCUGAGCGCCCUGGAUCGCAGCACGGCCGAUGCGAUAUUCGCUCGGCUCUUCGCCCCCGGCGGCCUGUUGAGGCGGCUCGGCAGCACGGUCGUCAUGACGAUUCACUCAGCCGAGUACAUCAAGUCUGCGGACCAGAUGCUGGUCAUUGGCGACGGGGGCUCGGUCAAGUCCCUCGCCGGGCUGGGAGACGCCGAGCAGUGCCGGGAGGACGUGACGGCGUGGCUGUCGCCCAGCGCGGGCGAAAAGGUCGACGACAAGGGCGACGCCGCGGACGAGGCCCGCGACGCUGGCAAGCAAGACCUUGAAGGUACCAGCGCAAACGACGAGCUGUUGAUUCGUCGACAUGGCGAUUUCCGCCUCUACUCGUUCUAUCUCAAGUCGACGGCGAAAUGGCUCUGGGCGAUAUGGCUCGUGACGGUUAUUUUUGUCGCCGUCGCAGAGCGGCUGCCCGAAAUCUUUCUCCGAAUCUGGCUGGACGUGGCGCCGGAGAAUAAAGUCUAUCUUGUCGGAUAUAUCCUCUUUGGAUUUUCGAGCUUUACAGCCGCCGGCAUAACGUUGAGCUUGUACUAUCUGAAAAUUGUGCCGAAUAGCGCCGAGAAUCUACACCGUGUUCUCUUGGACAAGGUCAUGGGAUCUACAUUGUCGUUUCUCUCGUCUACAAGCAACGGAUCGCUUCUCAACCUAUUCAGCCAAGACAUGAGCCUCAUCAGCCAAGACUUGCCGCUGGCUUUUUUUCGCCUCUUGUAUUCCUUUUUUCUAUUAAUCACAGACAUUGGCAUCAUCGCCGCCGGCGCCACGUACAUUUCCGUCAUCAUACCCUUCAUCCUCAUGUGCGUCUACAUCAUUCAGUACUUUUACCUCCGCACCUCUCGACAGAUGCGAUACAUUGACCUGGAGGCCAAGACGCCUCUCUACACGCAAUUCUCCGAAAUCAGCGCCGGCCUGAUGCACAUCCGGAGCUUCGGGUGGGACAGCCAGUGCCUCUCCCGCAGCCGGCAGCUGCUCGACGACUCCCAAAAGCCCUUUUACUACAUGUUUUGCAUCCAGCGGUGGCUCGGCCUCGUGUCGGAGCUGUGCGUGCUCGGCGUGGCCACGAUCCUCGUCUCGGUCGCGCUGUGCUUCCGGGGCACGACGUCACAAAACGCCAUGGGGCUCUCCCUGCUCACCCUGAUCCAGUUUGGCGACUCCAUCCUGACGCUGCUCAACACGUGGAUCGACACCGAGACGUCUCUCGGCGCCAUUGCGCGCAUCAAGUCGUUUGCCGAGACCACGCCGAGCGAGGACGACGGCGGUGGCAGCGCCGAGUUGCCCGCCGGCUACCUGGAACAAGGGGCCAUCAAGAUGGUGGGCGUGACGGCCACAUACAACUCAGACGCGUCGUCGACGGCUCUCGAAAACGUGUCGCUGGACAUUAAGCCCGGACAAAAGGUGGCAGUCGUCGGGCGAACCGGGAGCGGGAAAAGCUCCCUCCUCCUCACCAUCCUCCACUUCCUCAACUACACGGGGCUCAUAGAAAUCGACGGCGUGGACGUGUCCCAGAUUCCGCGACAGCACCUGCGGUCUCGCAUCACCACCAUCCCCCAAGACAUGGUGGAACUUCCCGGAACGCUGCGCGACAAUGUGCUCCCCGUCACCACCACCGGGACACGGCCGGCCGCAAGCCACACGCGCGACGCGGCCAUCAGCGAGGUCCUAGCCAGGGUGAGGCUAAAAGAGCACGUCGACGCCCACGGCGGGCUCGACGCCCCCUUGGCAGACAUGGGCUUCUCCCACGGCCAGAAGCAGCUGCUCGCCAUUGCGCGCGCCGUCCUGCACAAGCGCGAGGGCGGCGGGCGCAUCCUGCUCGUCGACGAGGCCACGAGCGCCAUGGACGCCGAGACGGCCAGGGUCAUGCGGCAGGUCAUGGACGACGUGUUUGGCGACUGUACCGUCAUUGCUAUCUCGCACCAGCCAGGAGAUGUGGAGAGCGCAGAUGUUGUGCUGCACGUGGAGGAUGGCAAGGUCACUUGA